UCCGAAGCCUCGGAUAUUAAUGGGGAUGGCUGGAACGAGGCAGGACUUGUGGUGGCUGGAGAGAAGGCAGAGGGUGAUACCGUCUGUCCAUGUAACUCUGAACGCAAAGACCAUGGGCGGUCAGUCUGGGGGUCGAGUUCACUGAUAAUCGGGGACGCAUGUAGAUCUUCCGAGUUCCCAUUUGGCGAGAUUGGCGACUUGGACUCCUUUCCUAGCACAUCAUCGGCCGUGUUCGCAGACCCGUCGGCACCAGACGGGCUGUGUUCAUCCUCUGCUCUUCGUCGGCGGACUACGAAGAAGAUGGCAAGGCCCACCAGUGCCAAAACAACCGAAGCAACGCUGACUAUGCCCACAAUGGCACCGGUACUGAGGUUCGAGGAGUCAUCGGUCGAGGAAGCUGUUGUGGGUCUAGGUGGAACAGCAGAUGGAGUAGACGUGGAAGAACCCGUACCAGCCGUGAAGGUUGCCUGGGAGCUUGCUGAAUCUAGAGAGGAGGUGAUUGUCUGGACUGAGGUGGUCCUGGGCUUGUGGAAGUUUGACGACAUUGGGGAUGAUGCUGGCAGUGAAGGUUUGGAAGGCAGCGGAGACGUCAGUGUUGGGACAAACUUUGUCCUUGUCACAUUUGGCUGGGGGUUUCGUGAUGUAAUCCGGAUAGUCGUUGUUCUGGAUGCACGGCAUCCACUUGAAGUCAUCGUCACAGUAGAUAAGGCCGGACCAGACAGUGGCAUCAUAAAACUUUUGAGGGCAAAUGGGAUCUUCAUAAUCUUUGUCUGUGCAACCAGCGACGUAGGUGGUGACGAAGUCUGCAUCGAAACAUGCACCUUCCUCGAGGCACAUGUCGCCGAGCUGGCAGCACCCGACGUGGCCAAGAGCCGCAUUGCCACAGGCGACAUAGUGGUUUGGAAGGGCGAUAGUCUUCGAAGAAGUCUUCCUGUAACAGGUGCCGUUGCUGAUGUUCGGGUCAAAGCCGUCGAUGGGGCCGCCGAGGUUGCGAGGAAGAAGGCGAAGGCUGGCCAUUGCAAUCCAGGCAGUUGCCCCUGGAUACUCUGUGAUGCAGUGGUAAGCAGGGCCGGCAGAACGACGGGGACUGCUGUGAAAGAUAGCAGGAGCACAAAUGAAAAAUGA